AUGUACCCGAUGGUGAGUCUCUGGGAAAAUUACUGCUUGCUUAAAGUGACUGCUGGCCUCAGGCAGCACACAAGCAGUAUAAAAGCAGGCCCAACUCCUCUCUCAGUCAUUCGCUCCUCUUGCCUCCAUCUCCCAGGGAACGAGGUGCCCCUCCAGACACAAGACAUGUCCUGCUACGACCAGUGCCUGCCACGCCUGCCCUGCCAGCCCUGCGGCCCCACCCCUCUGGGCAGCAGCUGCAACGAGCCCUGCGUCAGGCAGUGCCAGGACUCCAACGUCUUCAUCCAGCCCUCUCCCGUGGUGGUGACCCUGCCUGGACCCAUCCUCAGCUCCUUCCCGCAGAACACCGCCGUGGGCUCCUCCACCUCCGCUGCCGUUGGCAGCAUCCUCAGCUCUGAGGGCGUGCCCAUCUCCUCUGGAGGCUUUGGCCUCUCUGGCAUUGGCAGCGGCAUCUGUGGCAGGCGGUGCUUCCCCUGCUAA